AUGUCUGUGCUUCUGGCUGCUGGCCUCGUGGCCGCGCUCGCCGCCUCCCCAGCGGCGGCAUUCUGGCGACUUCCAUGCAAAUCACCCAUUGUUGUGGAACGAGCUGAUCCAAUUGUUCAGCCAGGCCAAGUUUCAAACCAUUUGCACACAAUCAUGGGGGGCAAUGGAUUUGAUUUUACCAUGGACUAUAACGAUACUCAAAAGUCCACUUGUUCAUCGUGCACUGUGAUCGGUGACAACAGCAACUACUGGACUCCCACUCUGUUCUACAGACAUCAGGAUGGAACGUUCGAGAGUGUCGAACAGAUUGGAGGAGCAACGGUCUACUAUCUCCAGAGAUCAGGAAAGGGUGAAAAGAUCGUGAGCCCUCCUGCUGGUUUCCGUAUGGUUGCUGGUAAUCCAUUCAAACGAAGUGGUGGAGACGAUUUUAAAUCUCAAGCCAUAAGUUAUGCUUGCCUCGAUUACAAUGGCCCUGCGAAGAAAGAAACGCAAAACUUCCCAAACUACAACUGCCCCAAUGGUCUUCGUGCUCAAGUUUUCUUCCCAUCCUGCUGGAACGGAAAAGACCUCGACUCGAAAGACCAUACAUCGCACAUGUCAUAUCCUGCAAAUUCUUACAACUCCGGUGCUUGCCCACCUGAUUUCCCUGUCCACCUUAUCUCAAUUUUCUUCGAGAUCAUCUGGGAUACUGGUAAAUUCGCCGACAAGUGGUACGGCGAUAGCCAACCAUUCGUUUGGUCGCAAGGUGAUCCAACUGGUUAUGGGGGGCACGGAGAUUUCCUGAUGGGAUGGGAUCCAGAUCACCUUCAAGAUGCCAUCGAUCAAUGCACAAACGACAGUGGCAGGGUUGAAGAUUGUCCCGUCUUCGAUCUCAUUCCAGACAAGCAAGCUGAGGGCUGCAGAAUCCCUUCGGGUGUCGAUGAACUUGUCAGUGGCAUCCUCCCAGCCCUUCCAGGUUGUAACCCGGUCCAACCCGGUCCCCAAGCUGAGCCACAACCACCAACCUGCGGUGCUCCCACCGAGAUCUCUUACUCAGGCAAGAAAGACUACGUCGAUCUUACUUCGAAAGGAUGGGGCUACAUGGGAUGUGGUACGGACAACUACUACAACCGAGCCUUGACAGGCGCUAGUCAGUCUAACGACAAGAUGACCAACGAGAACUGUGUUGCAUUCUGUGAAAGCAAGGGAUUCUCCAUCGCUGGCACUGAGUACGGCCGAGAAUGCUAUUGCGGGAACUCGCUACCUGAUGGAGCCAAGCCAAUUUCUGGAAUCGCUGGUAACUGUAUCAUGCCAUGUGCUGGCAACAGUGAUCAAUUUUGUGGCGCAGGAGGUGCCCUAUCCCUCUACUCCAAAUGCACUGGUGAAUGCACCAAUGUUGGCGGCGGUGCAGCUCCUCCUACGAAGCCCUCGACCUCUGCAGCGCCGUCUCAGCCUUCUGCUUCAGCGCCUGCUCAGUCAUCGACUACGCUGGCACCCAGCAACACAAAGCCUCCUACUGAAGUAGUCGUGCCAACUACCACUGCUGUACCUCAGGAUACAACCGUGGUGGCCACUACAUCUACAUUGGUAACUACCACAUGUUCAUCUGAUUCAGAACCUUCCGAGUCCACAGCCCCUGCAGACGACUCUGGUUCUUCCGACGCAAGUUCGUUGGAGGGCUCAGAUGCCCCAGCUACGACAGAUUCUACUCCAUCCGAUGCAAGUUCAUUGGGUGAACCAGAUGUUACGUCGCCCAGCACAGCCUUCAAACGCUACGUGCACUACACUUCCGAACCGACUUCCAGCAAGCCGUCCUCCGCAGCACCAUCAUCCACCUCGGGCUUCACUUACGCCGGCUGCUUCGUCGACACCGUCAAUCCUCGCUCUCUCCCCAAUUGGAGCAAUUUCAACGGCCCCAACGUCUCGAAUGAAGCCUGCAUCACCUUCUGUGCCGGGCGCGGCUUCUCCAUUGCAGGGACCGAGUACGCCGGCCAGUGCUUCUGCGGCAACGAGCUUACGACCCAGCAACUGGACGACUCCAAGUGCAACAUGGCCUGCACAGGGAACAGCAGCGAGAAAUGCGGCGGCCCUGGCGCCUUGAGCGUGUACAAAGCCAGCAGCCCGACCAAGAGAUCCACCAGCUUCAUCACCAGGCACCUAGGCCAUCUCGCUAAACAUGGAAGAAGGUCUGCUGCCCGUGUGUUGUGA